UAUGGAGGAUGCUGCAAGACUUGGAGAUAUCUCCACGUAGGCGUGCUACCUGCGUUCCAGUGAUGUCGGUGUCGGGGUUACUUGCAGCGCUGCUGGACCUGGACCAUGGCCGGCAAGCCUGAGCAGCCGUCCACGCACCCUGCUCCCCCGAAUCACGGUCAUCAUCAUCAUAACCAUCAUCAUCAUCAUCAUCAUCAUCAUCAUCAACAUCAUCAACAACAACAACAUCAGCAGCAUCAUAAUCAACAACAGCAACCUCAAGAACAACAACACCCUCAGCACGCACAGGGGAUUCAACAAAAUAGUGUUCUAGUCUACGUAUCGGGGGAGAAUUUUGCGUACGCGACGGCGGUCGGUCAGAAUGCCGCCGCCGCUGCUGCUGCUGCUACCGCAGUCGGCUAUCAGUCUCCGCAGCAGGCGACGUACGCCGGCAUUCUGCCGCCGCAGGUGGCGACGGCGGCGGCGACGUUUCCCGCCAAAACCGCCAUAUACUGUAACGAUAACAACGGCAGCGCCGUUGGAGGCUCGGCUAAUAACUGUUGCCGGUUAAAGCCGCUCGAGUAUGUAUCUACCGAUGGGGACUCGAGCCGAUCAGCCCGGUCAAUAUCUACCGGGAAUACGGAAGACGAAGAGGAUUAUGGAACGAUCGUCUCGAACAACAGUUUACUUUACAGACAGACGAAUCUGGUACAAGCGACAAGCGCGGUCACCGCUACUACUACGAUGACGUGUGUAGUGUCGGCAUGCGACAGCAAACAUCCGGCGAACCGGAGUCCAUUGGAAAACGAUUCUAAUAAUACAGAAAACCUCGCAACAAACAACGUAGAGCCGAUCUGCAGGGUGAACGCCGGUGAAAUGGUACCUAAUAAAUUAUUUCCAUCGAGGAUACACGGUGAGAUUUAUCCGGCCGGAGUGAGAUUGGCAGACGGUUAUAAUAAUAACGGUAGUAGGAUCGUGCAGGGGAAUCCCGGGGAGGGUUGCGUCAGUCUUUUGAGCGGUGACGAUGCUUGUGUCGCGUACGUGCGACAAGGAAACGAACCGUCUCAAGCGUCCGCGAGUGUUUUUCAAGGCGACAGUGUCGAGCAACGCGUCAAUAUGGAUGAGAAGAGCCGGCAACAGGACGGUUUCGAUAAUCAAACCGGCUCCUCCUCGCUUUCUUCGUCCGGUUCGAGCGUUGGUGUCGUUAGUGGUGGCGGUAGUGUUGUUGUUGUUGGUAGUGGUGGCAGUGGUGCGGCUAGCUGUGACUCUGUUCGAUCCGAUACCGGUGAAUCGUCGACAUAUAGUAGCCUGAGCAGUCCCGAAAGUCAAAGUCAAUCGGCACACGACGGUUUGUCUACCGCGACGGUUAACAGUGGCGGCUCGUGCGCGCAGCAGGCUGCGCGGCAACCGCCGCUCACGCGCAUCAACAACUCGAACAAUAACAACGCCGCGCAACAAAAUGUAGUGCUGACGAUGAACGGUAGUGCGGUGGUUACGCAGCAACAGCAACAGCAACAAGCGAUUACAGUACCACGUGGAUGGAAAAGGAUAUGCACCAACGGGGUCAUCAUUUAUAUCAGAAUUCCAGGCAAGUUAAAAGUUGAUAUAACUGAAACCUGUCUAGAGACUACUCAUUUAGUAAAAAGAAUAGAAUUGCUUUGA